AUGGCCACCACGGCCCCCAACCAUUCAGCCACCACGGCCCCAACCAUUCAGCCACCACGGUCCCCAACCAUUCAGCCACCACGGCCCCCAACCAUUCAGCCACCACGACCCCCAACCAUUCAGCCACCACGACCCCCAACCAUUCAGUCACCACGACCCCCAACCAUUCAGCCACCACGACCCCCAACCAUUCAGCCACCACGACCCCCAACCAUUCAGCCACCACGACCCCCAACCAUUCAGCCACCACGACCCCCAACCAUUCAGCCACCACGACCCCCAACCAUUCAGCCACCACGACCCCCAACCAUUCAGCCACCACGACCCCCAACCAUUCAGCCACCACGACCCCCAACCAUUCAGCCACCACGACCCCCAACCAUUCAGCCACCACGACCCCCAACCAUUCAGCCACCACGACCCCCAACCAUUCAGCCACCACGACCCCCAACCAUUCAGCCACCACGACCCCCAACCAUUCAGCCACCACGACCCCCAACCAUUCAGNUCGGCCACCACGGCCCCCAACCAUUCGGCCACCACGGCCCCCAACUAUUCGGCCACCACGGACCCCAACCAUUCAGCCACCACGGCCCCCAACCAUUCAGCCACCACGGCCCCCUUAAUUUAGCGUCUUCUGUAUCAAUAUCAGGACGUCUAAACGUACAAGGCCCGUAUUCAUGA